AUGGAUAGACAGCUGGACAGACACAGACAGAUGGAUAGACAGGUGGACAGACACAGACAGAUAGAUAGACAGGUGGACAGACACAAACAGAUAGAUAGACAGCUGGACAGACACAGACAGAUAGAUAGACAGCUGGACAGAAUUAGACAGAUGGAUAGAAAAGUGGACAAACACAGACAGAUAGAUAGACAGGUGGACAGACACAAACAGAUAGAUAGACAGCUUGACAGACACAGACAGAUAGAUAGACAGGUGGACAGACACAGACAGAUAGAUAGACAGCGGGACAGAAUUAGACAGAUGGAUAGACAGGUGAACAAACACAGACAGAUAGAUAGACAGGUGGACAGACACAAACAGAUAGAUAGACAGCUUGACAGACACAGACAGAUAGAUAGACAGGUGGACAGACACAGACAGAUAGAUAGACAGCUGGACAGACACAGACAGAUAGAUAGACAGGUGGACAGACACAAACAGAUAGAUAGACAGCUUGACAGACACAGACAGAUAGAUAGACAGGUGGACAGACACAGACAGAUAGAUAGACAGCUGGACAGACACAGACAGAUAGAUAGACAGCUGGACAGACACAGACAGAUAGAUAGACAGCUGGACAGACACAGAAAGACAGUGAGACAGUCGGAGAGCUAG